AUGCUCUUUGAGGGCUUGGAGCUGGUGUCGGCGCUGGCCACUCUCGCCGCGUGCCUGGUGUCGGUGACGCUGCUGCUGGCCGUGUCGCAGCAGCUGUGGCAGCUGCGCUGGGCUGCCACCCGCGACAAGAGCUGCAAGCUGCCCAUCCCCAAGGGCUCCAUGGGCUUCCCGCUCAUCGGAGAGACCGGCCACUGGCUGCUACAGGGUUCCGGCUUCCAGUCCUCAAGGAGGGAGAAGUAUGGCAACGUGUUCAAGACGCACUUGCUGGGGCGGCCGCUGAUCCGUGUGACUGGCGCAGAAAACGUGCGCAAGAUCCUCAUGGGCGAGCACCACCUCGUGAGCACUGAGUGGCCACGCAGCACGCGCAUGCUGCUGGGCCCAAACACAGUGGCCAACUCCAUCGGCGACAUCCACCGCAACAAGCGCAAGGUCUUCUCCAAGAUCUUCAGUCAUGAGGCCCUGCAGAACUACCUGCCUAAGAUCCGGCUGGUGAUCCAGGACACGCUUCGCGCCUGGAGCAGCUGCCCUGAGGCCAUCAACGUGUACCAGGAGGCGCAGAAGCUCACCUUCCGCAUGGCCAUCCGUGUGCUGCUGGGCUUCAGCAUCCCUGAAGAGGACCUUGGACACCUCUUUGAAGUCUACCAGCAGUUUGUUGAGAACGUCUUCUCCCUGCCUGUCGACUUGCCUUUUAGCGGCUACCGACGGGGCAUUCAGGCACGGCAGAUCCUGCAGAAGGGCCUAGAAAAGGCGAUCCGGGAGAAGCUGCAGUGCACCCAGGGCAAGGACUACUCAGACGCACUGGACAUCCUCAUUGAAAGCAGCAAGGAGCAUGGGAAGGAGAUGACCAUGCAGGAGCUGAAGGACGGGACUCUGGAGCUGAUCUUCGCAGCCUACGCCACCACUGCCAGUGCCAGCACCUCGCUCAUCAUGCAGCUGCUGAAGCACCCAGCCGUGCUGGAGAAGCUGCGAGAGGAGCUGCGGGCCCAGGGCAUCCUGCACAGUGGCGGCUGCCCUUGUGAGGGCACACUGCGCCUCGACACCCUCAGCGGGCUACACUAUCUGGACUGUGUCAUCAAGGAGGUUAUGCGCCUUUUCACACCCAUUUCUGGUGGCUACCGUACCGUGCUGCAGACCUUCGAGCUUGAUGGUUUUCAGAUUCCCAAAGGCUGGAGUGUCAUGUACAGCAUCCGGGAUACCCACGACACGGCACCUGUGUUCAAAGACGUGAACGUAUUCGAUCCAGACCGCUUUGGUCAGGCACGGAGUGAAGACAAGGAUGGCCGCUUCCAUUACCUCCCGUUCGGCGGCGGCGUCCGCACCUGCCUGGGCAAGCAUCUGGCCAAGCUGUUCCUGAAGGUGCUGGCGGUGGAGCUGGCUAGCACGAGCCGCUUUGAGCUGGCCACCCGGACCUUCCCCCGCAUCACCUUGGUCCCUGUCCUGCACCCCGUGGAUGGCCUCAGUGUCAAGUUUUUUGGCCUGGACUCUAACCAGAACAAGAUCUUGCCAGAGACGGAGGCCAUGCUGAGCGCCACAGUCUAA